GUUUUAUCAGAUGUAACAGAACAGCUACUUUAUGUAACCGUUCCACCUGUGAAAAGUGAUAGCGAUAGAUACUCGGCUAUUGUUUACGUUUUCUUGUUUUGAUCUUGGACUUAAAACUUUGCACUGAAGGCUAAUAAUUAUUUUUCAACAGAUCUAAAUUCCAUUCACAAAAUUUCUACUUUUAUUAAUGUAAUGUGAGGAUAAUUUGAAAAGCAAAAUGAAAAUAGCAUGAAUUUUUGAAGGAAUAUAAAGGUCAACAUUGAAUAAAAUGCCUUUCAAUAAUGCUAUUGCUUUAUUCCAGAUGCAUUUAAUUAUUGAAAGAGCUUUGGCCUCUCAAAGUUCUUCUCUAUAUUUGUGUAAUUUAAAUCUUAAAGAUAUACCCUUAUCAAUCACAAGAUUAAAUCACCUUCUUAGGUUGUAUUUGAGCCACAAUCGUAUAUCACAUAUUCCAAAAGAAAUAUGUAUGUUGGAUGAGCUCUAUUCUCUUGCUCUGGAUUAUAAUAAACUGCAUUCCCUUCCUCCUUAUUUGAUUACUCUUCAGACAUUGGUAAAAUUGAAUCUCAACCACAAUUCCCUUAAAGUGAUUCCACCAGAAGUUUUUCAACUGACCAAUUUGGAGAUUUUAUGGUUGAAUCAUACUGAGCUAUCAGAAAUUCCUCAUGAAAUAAAAAAUCUAACCAAGUUAGAUACUUUUGGAGCAAGAGGGAAUAACAUUCAAUCCCUUCCAGAUGAAUUUGGCUGCCUUGAAAAUCUAAGAUGGUUGACUUUACAAGAUAAUAAGAUUACUCACCUACCAGAGCACCUAUAUUUUACAAGCCUUGUACAUCUCAACUUGUCCCUCAAUUUGUUCACGGUGUUUCCAGAGGCUUUAACUAAAUUUAAGGAUUACCCCUUCAUCACGACCUUGUGUAAAGGGGAAUCAGAAGAAGAUAGCAAUGAUGAGGAUGAUAGUGAGGACUGGGCAGAGUCAGUGGCAUCGAGUGAACUGAACACAAGUGAUGAAGAAGAUAUACUCGAUGAUCUUGAACUGGUCCGUGGAGGAGCUGUCUUGUGGGUACCGUUGGUAUCAAAAUUAUUAGCUUGUGCAUAUUAAUAAAUUACAUCGUUGGCCUUAUUUUAAAUAUGUUAGUAUUGUUGUUUUAUUAGAAAACGUUCGUUUUCUUCGCUCAAAGAUAUUGAUUUUAGAAUAGUUAUUCAGUAUUCAUUGAAGAAUAUAUUUUGUAAUAUGAUUGUUAAUUUAUUAUUAUAGUUAAAUGAGUAUAUUUUAAAUAUAUUUAUUUCUUUUUAAUCAGAAUCUUUACUAUCCGCAGUUGUCUUUCAAUAUCUGAUUUUGGUUUAUUUUCAUUUUAAUGGAGUACUUUCAUGAAUUUUUAAUUUUUAUUCAUUGGUGAAGAAUAGAUCAUUUAAAAAAAUGCAAGUCCAAAUUUUUUGAAGAUAAAUUGUUUCAAAGGAAAGUGGAGGGGACGGUCAAUUGGGUUGAGUUUGAUUCCUGCUUUAUCCAAGAAAUAUCUUUCAAUUUAUCAAUAAGUCCUAAAGAAGAUAUUUUUAAUGCUGUAUAUGAAAAUCUAAACAGUUUUUUUCUUCCAUAAAUUUAUUUUAUUAAUUUAUAGUUGAUGUUUCGGGAUUUAUUUUAUUCCAUCUGCAGACUAUUUUAUUAUCUUUGUAUCAUCUCAAUUUAUAAUAAGACUUUUCAUUUUUUAUUUUUAAAAAAUCCCUCAAUUUCAGUGUGGACCCUUCUCUAGUGAGAGCCUAGUCAAGAUUUUCAUUUUUUUUUUCCACUCUUUAUUUGAAUAUAAAUGUGUAUAUUUAUAUAUGUUUUAUUAGUUCACAGUAGUAAAUAAAAUAAACUAGGCAUAAAAAAAUUAGAAAGAACACACUUCAUGUUAAUGUUUACUCCCACUACUACUCCAAACCUCCCUGACACACUGUUAUUUCAAAUUUUUAGCUGAAUUUUGUACCUUUUUUUAUUAUUUCAAUAACUAAGUCUCAAUCGUUAUUUUGUGAAUUCAAUUUUGGUUUAAUAUUUUCAAGUUUUUUUCAUGCAAGAACUCCAUUGAAUUAUGUUUAAAAAAAAAAAUUAUGUUACUUUUAAGUUCCUUUUAGCUCAUGAGGCGUUAUUGGAGUUUGUGUAUUUGUUACCUUAAAUGAAUAUUUUAGAAAAAUUAUAUGACUUUUAGUUGUAUAUGUGUUUAAUUUUAAUAGCAGUAUUACUGAUUCUUGAAUAUUUUUAUCAAAUGAAUUUUUCACAUUUUAUUUUUAUGGAAUUUGUUUGAAAAUAUUAUCCUCUUUAUUGUAAAUCAAGAGUUAUUCUCUUUAUUGUAAAUGAAGAGGAAAAGUUGUCAUAAAGUAUUAAAAAAAAAAAAAUACACGGUUUGUUCACUGCAUUUAUUCUUCUAGAUAAUGAUAUUACACCAAUUUUAUAAGAAUCAACAGUCAAUAAUUUCUCCACCUUCAUCAAUUUUAAAUUAAGUUGUAUAGGAUUAUAUGUUUACUAAUUUAGGAUUAUUAUUAUAAUUAUUUAUUCUGUUACAUUAGCCAUGAAUCGAUCCUGUGGUGAAAAGACUCACCUUGGGCACAAACAGCCACUGUUGAGUGGGUAUCCUUAACUGGGGCCAAGGAACAUGGCAGUUGAGCAUGAUCAUGACAGAAUCACCUUAUUGGCUGGCAAUCCAUGUGAUAAGAGAGCUAACUUGGAGUUGGGGCGUUUUCAAUCUGGAGGCAAUUAGGCCUCUUUCCUCAGGUGUUCCUGAAAGCGAUAAAUUUAUCUGUCAAAGAGUGAAAUUGAUCCAGAUUCUAUUUUGUCUUCUAAUAAAUAAAUUUUUGAUGAUCAGGAAAAACUCUUAUUAAGGAAUAGUUUGAAACAAUAUGUGGCAAUUUCGGGGUCUGAUUUAACCAGUAAUGUACCUGCUAGAUCCGCAUCUUAAGUACUGAAGCAUAUUUUUAGAAACCAUUCAUCAUACAGCUAUUGCGAAAACAUAGCCAAAACUAGUGACAGAUUCUAUGUAAUUAUAGAAUGUAUAGUGUGAUUGUAAAGUGAAAAAUCUGAUAUGGUGCAAGCAUCAGAUAACUUCUACUUACUCCACUUUGAGUUGAAAUAUGUAUUUUCAUAAACGGAGAAAUGAAAGUAAAAAUUAUAGGCAGUGUAAAAUAUUCAUUUAAAACAAUCAAUCACCAUAUUUAUGCAUUUUGUGUCACUGUCCAUUUCCUUUCACAAAUGUAUGUUUUUAUUUUAAUUAGGGUAACUUUUUUUCAAAAUGUUUCAGAACCGCUGGCCAAUAAUAUAGAACAUUUUAUUAUUGGGACAUUUUUAUUAUUGUGGGUAUUUUUAUUUGUUUAAACAUAGGUAUAUAUAAAUUAAAAUUUUCUUAUUGUUUUUUCAUAUAAGUUUCGGACGUCAUUCAUUUUCUUAUAUGCAUUUGGCCAUGUUCUCAUGAAUUAUGUGAACGCUGCACAUAUAAUACCAGAGCCCAUGAUCAUAUAAUACCUUCUUGCCUAUGAUAUGGCAUAAGUUACAUUCAUGAACAUUUGCAAGCUCUCAGCCACCCUCGAACACGCUGUUUGCCUUCGUUGGUUUUUUAUUCCAUCUGAUUAAUCCUUAAUUCUCCUUUAGUUAAUUUAAAUUGUAUUCAAACAUUUUUUAUUAAUAGAGUUCUCAAUGGAAAUAAACGUAUUAAGGUCUUCUCUUGAGUCCAAAUAAUCUAAAGUCUCACUAAAUUCUGUGCGUGAGUAUUUCUAUUUCAAUUAUCGUGAAAACAUUUUCGACUUAUUCUGGAUUUAUUAUUUUUUUUGGGGGGGUGAUGAUAUUCUUUAGCCUUUUGAAAGUCACAUUAAACUAGACAUCUGAUAUUUUGUUUUAAACAGGUUAUAAUUUUUUCAUUCUUUCCAAGUUAUUAGAUUCCAAGUAGACGAAAUUGAUUGAGAUCAGAUAACCCAUUAUAUUUAAGUCAUGUACAUAUGUGUGUAUGGAUUGUUUUUGUACUAUUAUUCAUUUGUUAAGCAUGUUUUUUUCGGUUUCGAAUUUUUUCUCACAGAAUAUUUUUUUAUUUUUUAUGAAGGACUUUUCCACUACUAUGGUUGUCCUUGACCUAAAUAUUCUUUAAGAUAUUUUUCCAUCUUUCUCUAUCCAAGGCUUGUUCUUCUAUGAUUCCAUGACCCGCCAGGCUUCCUUCCACUGUGUCUUUCCAUAUUACACUUGGUCUUCCCUUUUUCCUUCUCCCUUCUACUUCCAGCUCCAUACAAAUCUUUGGCAAUCUUUCAGGCGCCAUUCUUUUCACAUUCAAUCAAUCAGCAUAACCUUUUCUUUUCAAUAUUUACUAAAAUGUUUUUUUUUUUACUACCUCCAUCAUUUCCAGAAUUCUUUCAUUUUUGAUCCUUUCUCUUCUGGAUUUUCUUGCUCCUCUUCUCCAAAAGUCCAUCUCUACUGCUAACAGUCUGUUUCGGUAUCUUGCACUGAUGACCAAAGUAUCCGAGGCAUAUGUCAUAAUUGGCUCGAAUAUAGCCUUGUAUAUUAGCCUCUUUUUAGUAGGAUGUUUAUUCGAGCUCCAAAGGAUACUGUUGAGUAGUGCUGUGACCUUUCUUCCUUCACCAAUUCUUCUGUCGAUAUCAUUGAUGGAUGUACCUUCUCUAUUAAAUAUUGCUCCUAGGUAUUUAAAUUUCUCUGCAGAUUUUAUACCUCUUUCAAUUGGCGUGUCAUCAGAUGAAGUGCCAAGGUGCUCUGUUUUCAUGAAGUUAAUAGUCAACCCCCACUUUUCAUAACUCUCAAAAACCUUUCUGAACAUAUAAUUAAUGUCCUCUCUAUCCUGGGCUAUGAUUACUUGUUCUUUUUGGAAUGGAGUGCAGUUCUUAUAGCAAAGUGAAAAUGUAAUGUGAUUUUGGUGUAAAAACACGUCCAAGAAUAGUUUAUGGAUCAUUAGUAAAUAGUUAACAAAUAGAAUAUGUAAUACUUUUUUACAUUUAAAGGUAACAAAGUUACAAGUGAAACAUUUUACUUAGUUAAAUAUAAAAAUCAAAUAUGUAUAAUACCUGGUAUGAUAUUGUCCAAGAGGCAUCCUGAGACGCCACCUACCAAUAUACUGGUGCUUAACAAAACCGUUAUUAUACUGUCCGCGAUUUCAGAUCCAGUUUGUAUUACAUUAGGGUUGGCUUUCAUCCACUGAGAUAGUACCUGUUUUAUCCAUUAAUUCAAUUUAAUCCAAUUAAAAAAUAUUUCUAUUUCUAUGAAUAGUUUGCUAUACUUACCAAUGAAAAAAACAUAGAAAAUCCAAUAAUGUAUAAAUUCCUGGAUGAAUUAAGCUGGACAUAUUGCAAUGCAGAUAAGCCUAAAUAUGAAUGGGUUAAUAAAUAUACAUAUUACAUAUUAAUACCUAAUACUUUACAAAUUAUUUAUAUUUUACCGAAGGCAGUUAUCAUCCCAAACAUCACACAGAAGAUACCACCUACUACCGGUUGUGGUAUGAUUAUGAACACAGCUCCAAACUUGUUGAUGACACCUUGGAGUAACAUAAGAAUACAUGCGUAUUGGAUCACUCUGCGGCUACCAAC